CCGAUUUCAACACAACUCUGCUAAAGAACGCAAGCAUAUCAACCACACUUACCUCCGCCGGUUCAAACGCAAAGUUGAUGAAGUACUCCGUGAAUGGGCCUACCGCUGUGAGGUCCUUAUUCGCCAAGCCGAUGAACAGGGUACACGGUUUCCUACGGAAUUCCAACAAGACCUGUUUCUCUCUGGUCUACCUUGA